GCAUUCUUACCGGCCAGUGUUGCCUCUCUGAACUCCCGGGGACACUUGUCAUCUGCUUUAGGUGGGCGAUGCUGUUGCUUAGUUGCAACUUGGAGGAGGAUGACCUUAAGAGUUUGCUGGAGACAGGAGCAUCAGUGAACGCACCUCCGGAUCCCCAGGAGCAGUCGCCUGCUCACCUAGCUGCAGGUGGCGGCCUUGCGUGCUUUCUUCUCUGGCAGCUGCAAACAGGUGCUGACCUCAACCAACAGGAUGUCUUGGGAGAAACUCCACUCCACAAGGCAGCAAAGGUUGGAAGCCUGGACUGCCUGAGCCUCCUUGUGGCCAGUGAUGUCCAGAUUGGCGUAUGCAAUAAGAAUGGGCAGACAGCUGAAGAUCUUGCUUGGUCAUAUGGCUUUCCAGAAUGUGCCAGGUUUCUAACAAUGAUUAAAUGUAUGCAGACGGCAAGAUCAUCAGGUGAGCAACAGGAGCGUGACCCCCGUGCUCCUGUGCUGAGACAGAAGCGGAGUUUCAGGACUGUGGAGAGUGGAGUGAUGAAGAGAAAGUGUUGAUGUCUUGUUGGGCAAGAGGAAAGAAGAGGCUUGAAGAAGAGCUUCACUUCAGACAGAUCUACAAGCCAUUGCUUUGGCUCAUCACAUGAUGAAACUCCUGAGGAGGAAAACUUUCUUCUAAGUGAAGAGAACAUUCAUGAAUACAUGUAUUUACAUGACUACAAUAUUUUGGAUGUGCAUGUUUUUUACUUAACUUAUUAAAAGAAUAUUCAAGGAA